AUGUCAAACCAAAAUUUGCCCUCAGGUGCCUUCUUCACCAGCAUCGGGGGGAAGAGGUGUACCGCGAUUCCUAAGGCCAAUGGCAACAACGGCAACAAUCGUGGGGCGAAUCGGGGAGGGGCCAACAACAACAAUAACAACAACGGAGGCCGGGCUUCAGCCGCGCCCUCGCGGACGCGGGCUAGGAAUUCGAGUGUUGCAUCAUUCAGUACGACACACUCUCCAUCGCCACCACCCCCAGCCCAGACCACCCUCAGCACCAGCACCACACCAACCCCGCCUCCGCCUCCUCCACCAGCCUCUACAGAGACACCGCCUGUAUCAACGCCGGAGCCGCCGCGGUCGACGCCGCCGACGGAAGUCCCUCCUCCCGCUCUCGCUGCCCCUGCCCCCGCUCCUGUCUCGUCCUCUGCAUCUGUUGCGCCGCCAGCUGCUGCGCCCGCAGUCACUUCCUCCGCUGCUUCUCCUGCACAAUCAAACCCUGUCCUAGCCCAACCAGUUCUUCAACAACCCACUCCAGUUGAAGAAGGAGUAAAUAAUAGCGGCGAUCGGGCUGGGUCUGGGGCCGUGGCCAGCACGCCACUGCCUGCAGUACAGAGCUCUCCCCCAGCUGCAGCGCCACCCGCGUCGGCUGGCAGCCCACCAAUAGCUAGUUUCUCUGUCAUCGGAGGCGGUGUCGCCACUUCAGCUGUAUCAUCAUCUGCAUUGCAAGCACCACAACCUGCACAAAGCUUAGAAGCUGAUCCUAGAGACCCAGCAGCCACCGCCACACCACAGCAGCCGAGGCCAACGUCUGCGCCUGCGGCAGACGUAACAAGCACCCCAGCCGCGCCGGGAACCCCUCCCGUGCCCAUAGCUGCCGAACCGACACCGUCCUCAGGCGGCGGUGCGACGCCUGCGAUUACUACAAUUGGCACUGCUAGGCCGACAGAUGGCGGUGCUACCAACUCUGGCAGCGGGACCGGUGUUGGUUCGGGCGCCGGCAUCAGCAACAAUCCACCAGUCAGCGCAGUGCCGGCCAAUGGCAACGACGGGGACGGUGGCAAGAUGACCAUAGCGGUUGCUGGAGGAGUGAUCGGUGGCGUAAUCCUGAUCAGUCUGAUCGCCUUCUUGAUCUGGUUCUUUAGGAAGAGGCAGCUGAAGAAGAGGAGAAGCACGCUGCUCACCCCGUUGUCGACCGGAACGGGCCCGGGCUUCCCUGCCGAGAAAUCAUAUGUUAUCAACCGCGGCAGUAUUGGUCCGACGCCUCGAACCGAGAAAUUCAAGGCAUCUGUUGCAUAUGGCCUUGCCAAGUUCAAGGACCGCGUCAACUCUUUCGUCUCCCGCGGGAACGGUUCGAGUGGAGGCGUCAACAUGAACCGCGGAAACUCGCAGUUCAUGGAGAACACCAGCCCUACCCUGUCGAGAUCGAGCAGCAACGCUUCACGUCGUGUACGUGGAGGUGGCAAGGGUUGGUGGGGAGGAGCGGCUGCGGCGGGCGUGUUCAAGCGAGACAAGAAGGAGGAUAGUCGGGAUCCGUUCGGCAAUGCGCAGGAAAAGAAGGCUCCAAUGACUGCCGGCAACGUAUCCGCACAGCCAGACUUCCUCACCCUCCUGGGUAUGGACGAUCGUGAGCUUCAGCGUGAGGCGCAAAAGAAGAGGGCCAGCCGAAAUGGCAGCGCGUCUUCUACCGAUCACUUCCUUGGUAAUCUGGGCCUAAGCUUCAAUAACAGCAACGGCGGCGGUGAUGACCCCUUCGCCGACUCGAAUGCUCUACCACAUCAGAGUGCAAAGCCAGCACCACUAAAACCAGGUGGUGCUGGUGGUGGUGGCAGCAAUAGUGAUCCCUUCUCCGACGCCAACCAAAUACCCGCAGCAGCCGCCACCAAGCCAUCCACCUAUGUUGAGAAAGUCCGUCGUUCUCGUGGCUCGUCUAUCGGGAGGCUAGACAGCUUUUACCAGCGCGAGUCUGUAAACAGCGUAGACAGCUUCGAGACGAGACGUAACAAGUUCCGAUCCGACCCCUUCGACCUCGAACGGCCAGAGCUCCUUGGUCGCAGCCCAGGCAGCAAUGCCGGCACGCUCGGCAGCGACGGCCCAUGGUUCAGCAGCACCACGUCGGGAAGCGCCAUCAAGCCACCUCGGUCCGUUCACCAAAGAUCCGAGAGCUUCACAUCAAAAUACUCAAGCGGCGUGAGCAUGGGUGACUGGAGCGACCCGGGUCCCGACAUCGGUCCGGGCAGCAGUCGUCAAGACCUGCCCGGCAUGCUUAGGGGAGAAUCGCCUACGCAAGGCAUCAACUCAAGGCGGUCUCCCAGCAAUGCCAGCAAUGGCGUUGGAAAGGCGAUGUGA